AACUGGAGGAAACUGUCGCUUCGGCGUGAGCGUUUCUUUCCACACCACAAACUCUGGUGCUCUCGUAAAAAAAACUGGACUCUUUUAAAUUCUCGUACUGUCCUCAUAUUACUUAGAAUCUAAAUGUGGCACUCAUCAAUCAUCCAAGACACCAGCUAUCCAGGGAAGUGAAUAAAUUCUGUUGCUCAGUAAUUCACCGAGUCUCGGGAAAACCAUGGAGGAGCCGCUGAGUCGGCAUGGUUCGACGUCAGAUGACAGCAACCUCUCAACACGAGAACUAAACUCCUUAACAGUGACAUCCCUCGAUGAUCGCUACCUGGACCUUGCCUCAAAGAGUUCGCUCUCAAGCCUGCGAACUCCUCCCACGAAAAAAGCGAAGCGAGUACGUUUUUUUCGCAAUGGUGAUAAAUUCUACACUGGAGUGGUAAUGGCAGUGACCCCAGAACGUUACCGUAGCUUUGACAGUCUGGCCACAGAGUUGACACGUGUCCUGGUGUCAAAUGUGACGCUGCCAAGUGGAGUCAGGUGCAUUUACUCUAUGGACGGUCGAAAAGUUCAAAGCAUAACCGACUUGGAAGAUGGCAAGUGCUACGUGGUCUCCGGACAGGGUGAGCUCUUCAAGAAAGUCGAUUACUCCGCCUCGAGAGUUCGUCGUGGAAGCUCCCUCUCAGGCCUUCCCCAGUCACCAGCUGGCAUUGGCAGGCAGAUAAACACCAUUCCAAGCUGUGUCAAAGCGAGAAUAAUCACUCUAAUUCGUCACGGAACUAAACCCAGAAAAGUACUCCGUUUAUUGCUCAACAAACGAAAUGCUGCUAGUCUGGAGCACGUUCUCGAGGCAGUGACGCAAGUGGUCAAGCUGGAUUGUGGAGCUGUCAGAAGGGUUUACACUCUCUCAGGAAAGCUUGUUAUCACCUUGGACCAGUUCUUCGAGAGUGAGGAAGUGUUCAUAGCCUAUGGCGCUGAGAAGUCCACUCAGGAGGACUUUGAACUUGAUCCUGAGGAAUCCAAGUGUGUUCAAAGCUUCAGAAGGGGGCCCUCUAUAUCGAAAAGACAGAGUGGGCCCAUGCCAGUGAUGCCCAGAAAGACUGGUAAGAGGACACUCAAUGCUCCUCAGGUGAGAACGCCCAGUCCUUCAUCACUAAUGCUACCACAGCCCCUUCGAAUGCAUUAUUCUGUGGGACACGUCAUCGGGGAUGGGAAUUUCGCUGUUGUCAGACAUUGUGUUCACAAACAGUCUGGGGCUGAGUAUGCUAUCAAGAUUGUUGACAAGCGCAAGUGCCAGGGAAAAGAGACAAUGCUAGCUAGUGAAGUGUCUAUUCUUCGACAAGUCUGUCAUCCUAAUAUUAUCAGCUUGAUUGGAGAGCAGGAGACUUCGGAUCAGCUGUUUCUUGUGGUGGAGCUCGUCAAGGGAGGGGAUCUUUUCGAUGCCAUUGCUGCGGUUACCAAGUUCUCGGAGCCCGAGGCGAGUGUCAUGAUUGGACACUUGGCAUCAGCGUUGGCUUAUCUGCAUUCCCAUCACAUUGUGCACAGAGAUGUCAAGCCUGAGAAUCUACUGGUGGAAAUGGAAGGGAGUCAUGUCAGGUGUCUUAAGCUUGCGGAUUUUGGACUUGCACAGGUGGUCAGAGAGCCAAUGUAUACUGUCUGUGGAACGCCUACUUAUGUUGCUCCUGAAAUUCUCACGGGGACCGGCUACGGACUCAAGAUUGACGUAUGGGCUGCUGGAGUGAUUCUCUACGUUUUAUUAAGUGGAUUUCCACCGUUCGUUCCUCUAGAUAACGACCAAGAGGAGCUGUUUGAGAGGAUAUUGUGUGGACAGUAUGAGUUUACACCGCCUUACUGGGACCCCAUAUCUGAUUCCGCCAAGCAACUCAUUUCGAACAUGCUGCAGGCAGAGCCCGAGUUGAGAUUCAGUGCUGAGGACGUCCUCGAUCAUCCGUGGCUCGUGAGCUUUCUAGGAGGCGAACAAGCCCCAGGACGAGGCGAAUCAGCCGCCAACACGCCGGAGCAACACUGGAAUAAGCAGUGUAAGCCGAUGAGAGUGGCCACUUUUGAAUUCGACUACAAGAGGCAGCGGUCCUCUGAAAAUUCCAACGACCCGACAUCUGAAAUCAAUACAACCCCUAAGAGCAGGUGGUUCGAUGCCACGUUUACCUCUCCUUCGCCUCCCGAGAAAGGUGCCGACGAGACCGACAACUUCAAUGGGCAUGUCAACAACGAGCCCAUAUCACUGAGUGCUGAUUGUCUCCAGGAUAUCCGAGCCCUCACCUCGUCCCUUCACAAUCUCAUGGACAACAUAAAUCUCUCGAACACGUGCAAUAAUCCAUCGAUAUCAUCAAACAGUAUUCCAGAAACUAAUUCAAUGACGAAGAACAACAAUGGCCAGUGCCAGAGUGAUAGUUCGUCAGAUUUACAUUCCGAUAACAAUAGAAAUGGUAAUUCACUCUCUGAUAUUCAUUCCAGUAUAUCAACGACACCUGUACGUUGUAAUUAUCGCGGCAAUGAUACCCUUAAAUCAGGGAAGUGCAAUAUUAGAUCUAGGGGUCAGAGACGAGAUUUAUACGAUAAAAAUGUAACUAAAAAUAUUGUUACUUUGAGACAAUCGCCGAUAGAUCAUCUGUCACAGUCAACAGAUUGUUUGAGUGGUUCUGACAAUAACAUCGAGACCUCUGACAGUUUUGUCAAUAUACAGUUUGCCAAUGUUAAUAAGGAGGGACACUCCAGCUCCAAUCAGAGUCUAGAGUCCUCGGAGAGUUUUGAAAAUGUACGGUUUGACAGAAUGCUCAGGAUCCCUCAGUCUGAGGAGUCGAAAAUCACAAGGACUCCCAAAGCAAACGCCAAUAAAUCGACCAAACUAUCGCAAAUUCCAGUGCAUAUCAAUGGACUAAAUUCACCAAGGGGGAGUGAGAGGAAGACUGGAGUGAUUGAAAAUGUUAAGAUGAGGGAGAAGAAGAGUGGAAGUAGUGAGAAAGUUGGAAAAAGGUUUAGCUGUGUUCCACAGUACUCCAGGAGGCUCCAGGAGUUCGAUGGGAGGAUCAAUCGUACUAUUCCUAAUGGAAGAAUGUGUAGCUCCACUGAUGAAUUGAGGGAAGAGAAGCUGAAGCCUGUUAAAAAUAACAGGUAUAGCUUGUACUACACUCCACAACUCUCUAGGAAGAGUUAUGAAGGGGAUUCUCUUAAGAGCCCAGUCAAACCCAGACCGACAAGUUGGAAAUGUUCUACGAGCCGAGAGGAAGGAGAGUCGAAUUUUAAUAAAAAUCGAAAUCGCAAGUCUGUUGAUGGGUCGACUGUUGCCAGCAGGAGCAGAAAUAAUCGACAGUCAAUUCAUGUGAGAAAUCCUGGGGGCAAUUUGCCGACUGGGAAGACCAAGUGAGGCACUUGGACAUUUGAAUUUCAGGCUGGUACUAUCGUAUAUCGAAAAUUCAUAACAUUGACUGCCAUUAAACGGCUUAGAAAUGUAGAACAAUUGUAUUAAAUUAUUGAUUUUAUUUUUUUCAUCUCGUUUUCAAAGAUUCAGGAGGAAUUAUAUGAAAUCUAUCAGUUGAAUCGAUUUCAUUUAUAUUUACUCAUCGCUUCUGAUCAAUUCAGUCCGGAAAUGGAAAACUUCGUAAUUAAUUUCAUUGAUUUUUUGGAGAUAUCUAGAAGCCUAAGGGAGUAAGUGACUAUUUCGUUUGACCCUUUUCGAAGGACUAUUGCGAAUCUACAAAAAAGAUCCAACGAAAAUUGGUCGCUCUCUUAGAUUCUGAGAUAUCGGCCAAGAACUUCAUCUCUAAUGUCAUUCUCUGUUGUUUUUGUUGGAAUUUUCUUGUGUCAAUUUAUAACACGAGGUUAUGUGCAAAUCGGUCUACAACUAAUGAUAAUAAAUGUGUUUCAAGAGCAGAGGACGAAAUAAUUCGGGUACAGGAAGUGAUAACGAGUGUAAUUAGAUGUUGCUCAUGCAUUUCAUGUCCACUAAUAAAAUAGAUAUUUUUGUAUUAAUAAGUAACGAUUUAGCGAGCUGAAAUAUCGAUUGGGACAUAAUCAAGGGAAGGAGGCUGCGUCUGUUGCCCGUAAAAGGUCUUAGAUAUAUUUCGUAUAUUUAUUUUUGUCGAGAUAAGAGACUACUGGGAAUCGUCAAGCGUUUUUCGUCCUCUGUCGUCUGUCCGAAAUAUCAUGGAACACGUGUUUUUUUGCAUUAAUGUUUUUAUAACGCAUACCUAAGCUUAUAACUUUUGUAAAUAUAUUCGAUGCAGUCCGUAAGUUGUAGAUGAAUCCUGAUUAAUUUGAAAUGAACUAGUGGAAACAGAACAAAUGUACGUACUAGAGCAAAUGUAACUUUAAGUGAAUAAAUAAAUCACGGUGAAUAUUCAAUAAUUAAUUUGAGAUGAUCUAGUGAAAAUAGAAAAAAUAGUGUACUUUUUUAAUUGUGUAAAUUAGAUUAGUCGAGGAUUGGAGUAGAAUUUGGUACGCGUGGGAUUUGUUGUAGUUUUUUUUUCUGUAGUUUUAAAACGAAGUGAUUUACGCCAAAUAUUAAUGAGCGAGGGAGAAUGUAUUUAUAACGUAUUAUUAUUGUAAUUAUUAUUAUUGUAUGAGUACACUUAAUAAUUAAUAAACAUUUAUAUUCACGGAUAUGUUUGCAGUG